AUAGAUAUAAAGCUAUGGCACAUCCACACUGGAUCAGUUUGUUUUAGAAUCUUGUGGAAUGAAGAUGAUACUUUACCUGACGUUACUCGCAGCGAUCGUGUGUGGAGUUUUUGGUGACGAUGAUGGUUUAAUGAUUCCGCAUGAAAGGACAACUAUUGACGAUUGUAAAAUACGUUACUACGCGGACAUUUCGGUAGGCUUUAGUGCUCCUGCAUUGGGACACAUAUCAAUGCGUCUUGAGCAUACCCACGCAGCAGCUAUCGGUUGGCUGAACGAAAAAGGCAAAAUUGAGUUUGGCUGCGGUGGUUCACUCAUAUUGGAAAGCUUCGUUCUUACAGCAGCACACUGUAUGGAUAAUCCAAAUACACUCGAAAGACCAUUAGUAGUUCGAUUAGGCGAUCGCAAUCUGAUACACAGUAAGGAUUCUGAAUAUGCACAAGAAAUAAAAAUAAGAGAUAUAAUACCUCAUCCAAAGUAUAACAGAUCAACCUCCCAUUUUGAUAUUGCCUUACUGGUGUUGGAUAAACCUGCAAGAAGAGUGUUUGGAGUUAUACCGGCGUGUCUGUGGCUAGAAGAUGAACUCCCCAUCUCGACAUUUUAUGCCGCCGGCUGGGGAGCAAAUGGGUUUGAUAAAAAACCCACCAACUAUCUCGUGACAGCAUUGCUUUUCCCCGUGACAAACGAAGAAUGUAUAGUUAAUCUUACAGGUCAGGUUCCCCGAAUGAAACUAGCCAAUGGUAUAAGCGAUCACCAGCUAUGCGCAGCAGGUAUUGAAAUGGACACUUGCAAGGGAGACUCUGGAGGACCUCUGUACAGCAAACUAAAUUUUGCAAACAAACUAGUUCCAUUUCUUGUCGGCCUGACGUCGUACGGCGGACCAUGUGGUUUUUCGCAGCCGGGUGUGUAUGUGCGGGUGUCCAAAUUUAGAGAUUGGAUUAUCGAAACGAUACGACAGUUUAAUCCAUCGGUGACUGCAUCCACGUUUGACCCUAUGAGUUGUGCAAAAAGAAACCUUUUCUUACGUGAAGCCGAUGUGCUGACGAUGUUCCAAGAGAGAGGCAGUGCUGACACAGUGUGCAGCUUUUAUAUCCGCAACAACCGUCUCGUGUCGAUUGUGGAGGCAUUUUGGCUGAGCCUGAUGCUGUUAUAA